AUGUCUGACUCGUCAGAAAAUCUAGCACUGCAGGCUUGCUUUACAUGCCGCCAGCAGAAACGGAAAUGUUCCCGAGAACUCCCUGCGUGUCUGCUGUGCCGCAAGAACAAAAGGCCCUGUAACUAUCCUACCAAGAGCGCCGAUCCCACCGCCAAUGAUGUUGAGAGCUAUACCCAGCAGAAGCAACUUUCCAACUCACCAGACAGGCCAGAUGCCGAUCUGGUUCUGUUGCUAAUUGCAAUGCAGAUGCAUUGUCGACCCAGGAAGGACAGUGGUGCUGAUCUUUAUGAACUGGCAAAGCGUUGCUGUUCAUAUGUGGAGAGGAAUAAUGUUUUCUCUCUCAGACUGCUACAGGCAUCCUUGUUGAUCGGACUGUAUGAGGUCGCUAAUGCUAUCUACCCAGCUGCAUAUCUCACGGCUGGUCAUUGUGCACGGUUGUGUCAUCUCAUGGGCAUUCAUGACAGAAAGGAAGCACCUCAGAUGCUUUCCAUCCCAGGCUCCUGGACAGAGGCCGAGGAGAGGCGUCGAGCAUGCUGGGCUAUUAUAGUAUUAGACAGAUACGUCAAUCUCGGUGCGGGCAACCGUCCAUUUGCGUGCGACGAUGCAAAACCCGAUGACCUUCUGCCCAUGGACGAGGACAGCUGGGAGAAAGGGGAGCCCAUAGUCAUCCAGCCUCUGGCAGUGUCAACCUGCACCGAAGUUCCUGCGUCACCAUUUGCUCGUACAUGCCAGGCAUCGCACCUUCUCUCGCGUAUCCUACGCCACAUUAAUGAAAAGCACGAAGAUGCGACAUUCCGCUAUCGAGAAGCUAUACAACUUCAUCGUACCAUAAACGCGUUCAAUCUCGCAGUUUCUUAUGAGUUUGACAAGAUAACGGGAGAGUCCUAUGAUGCUACUCACGAGGCGGCCCUCUUCACCAGCAUGGCGAUUUGCUACAGUGCCCAGCUCACACUGUACGACGCCUACAUGUGUGCAGAUGCGGACGAUAUCAGCGGGGUGGGCAUUCCGGAACAACUUGAAAUGCAGAACAUUGCCAUAUCGAACAUCAAAGAUGUUUGCAUGGCCGUCCAUCGAUUUGCAAACAGAAUAGUGGGGGCUUCUGAAUCGGGGGGAGAUCUGUCGAGAAUCAGCCCCCUAACGACGGAUUGUCUCUAUGAAGCCGCCAUGCUCUUCAUCGGCUACAUUCGUCAGAUUGGGAAAGUGGAGUUUGUGCAGACUGUGAUGGAUAUGAGAAAUGCACUGGAGAUUUUGGCGAGGAGAUGGGAUGUUGCAAGCGAGUAUUUGAAGAUCCUCGAUGGUGAAAGCUUUCACCCCGGAUGGCAAUUGAGCUGA